AUGCUUACCAAUUUCGCCGGGAAAGGAGUUCUCUCAACCGGCGCUCAUCCAAAGAUAGACGAAGGCAUGCGGGAACUGAAGAUAGGGAAGAACACAUGGUGGCGAGCCGUAAUGAGAAAUAUUCUCAGUGGCAGAGAUCAUUGUGGGGGUCGAGCUCGCAUACCUAAUGGUGAAGUUAAGACUGCGCCUGGACAGAACGAAGAGGCCCGCUGGCAUCCACAUACAUGGCUGCUAAUGAAUGUAUACAUUUACGCUAGACCACAAAUUCAGAGCGUGGAUCCUACUUCGAAACAGAAGGGAAUAUUAGGAAAGUACUCGGGGUGUAUCUCAUUGAUAUAUCCAAUUGUAUUCUCCACUACCCCUAUUUACCGACCAAUAUAUACAAAAAUCCGCAAAGUCAUAGCUCAACCUAUUAUUGUCAUUUCAUGUUGUACAACCAAUCCAACACCUCGAUGA